CGAACCCCAGACGUGACACUGCAUACAUCAAGUUUAAUUUUCGAGACGGUUAACGGAGCCAAAAUAAAAAAAAUAAAAUAAAUAAACAAGUGAAUGAUAACAGGAAGAAAUGAAAACGCGCGUGCCCUCGAACCGGAGGGAUGGCGUUAGUUUUGAGGAGUGUCGUGUGUUGUCCAGCUCCACAGUUUGUUUGAUUGUUGAACUCUGAAUAUAUUUGCGUUACAGGCUGGAGACGACAGACCCGAGAGGAUACACACUUCACAAACUCCAGGGCGUUUUAUUGUUGAGAAACCUGCGGUGUUAACGAAAGAAAAGAAGCCGAAGCGCGUGAGAAUGACCGACCAUCAGGAGCGCCCUAAACGACGCGACACGAAGCAUGCGCUGGGCUUUUAAAGAGGUAGAUCGUCUCACCCACCCUGCCGUCUCCGGUCCACGAUGAACGGCACCUCGUUCGCGCCGAAUCUCUCCGGUUUAAGCAACGUGCCGAACGCGUCGGCCUCCGGCGCCGUCUCCUGGAGGAUGGCCACGAUCACGCUCAUAACCGUCCCGCUCUCCCUCAUCACCGUCAUCGGCAACGUCCUGGUCAUGAUCUCCUUCCGGGUCAACCCUCACCUGAGGACGGUGAGCAACUACUUCCUCCUGAGCCUGGCCGUGGCCGACUUCAUUUUGGGCGCCGUGUCGAUGAACCUCUACACCACCUACAUCCUGAUCGGCCGCUGGACGCUGGGAAACCUAGCCUGCGAUUUGUGGCUGGCUGUGGAUUACGUGGCGAGCAACGCCUCCGUCAUGAACCUGCUGGCCAUCAGCCUGGACCGCUAUCUCUCCGUCACGCGACCUCUGACCUAUCGGGCCACCCGGACGCCCAGGAGAGCGGCGGUGCUCAUCACGUUAGCGUGGACCGUCUCCUUCGUGCUCUGGGCUCCGGCUAUCCUGUUCUGGCAGUAUAUAGUGGGAGAGCGGACCGUUCCAGAAGAUGCGUGCUCUGUGCAGUUCCUGUCCGAGCCCGUGAUCACGUUCGGGACGGCCAUCGCGGCCUUUUACCUGCCGGUGAGCGUGAUGGUGGCGCUGUACUGGCGGGUGUACCGCGAGACGGAGAAGCGCUCCCAGCAGCUCGCCGGACUCAUGGGAGCUCGCGCGGGACACGCUUCCCAGAGAUCAUGCAGCGAUUCGUGCAGCGUCGAAGACGUCAGACCGCAGACGGAGCAGAACCAGCACAAGAAGACGCACAGGACCAUCUGUCCGGUCAUCGCUCACCGGACAGCGGCCUGGUGGUGGAAGAAGCGGCGGGAACGGGACGAGGCGUCCAGCUCGUACUUCCCCUACGGCCGGACGCAGGCGGACGCGGGCGACAGCAGCAAACGCAUUCCUCUCGUUCGGAUGGACAAGACCUCGGCCGGCGAUCUUCGGAGGAGCUGCGAGUCGGGGAGCCAGAGCUCGCUCGGUUCCUCCGCGACCCCCUCGCCCCGGGCUCCCUCUCGCUCGCUCGGGCCCCAGCAGGGCCGCAAAGCCCGGACCUCGGGUCUGAUCCGGGAGAAGAAAGCGGCCCGGACCCUCAGCGCCAUCCUCCUGGCUUUCAUCGUGACGUGGACGCCUUACAACAUCAUGGUCCUGGUGUCCACGUUCUGCGACGACUGCGUUCCCGAGGGCCUGUGGCAGCUGGGGUACUGGCUCUGCUACGUCAACAGCACGGUGAACCCCGUCUGCUACGCGCUCUGCAACAAGCACUUCCGGGUCACGUUCAGGGCGCUGCUGCUCUGCCGGUGGAAGGAGCACAGGAAGGGCAUCAGAUGGACCCCGACCGGCAACGGCUGAUCACGUCACGGCGACGCUAAAAGAGUAUGUGGGCUCGAAACGAUCCUACAGAACAAAGGUACGAAGUUUCAACGUUUCGUAAUGUAGCGCUUUUCGCCUUCAGAAUAUAAAAUGGAGCGUCUGGGUGAUGUUCGCUGUCAAAUCAUACUUCUGUUUUGUUCGGUUUUUUUUUUCUUCCUCAGAACGGUAUAAGACUUGGUAAAGGUUUUGGCAGUUGUCACGUGAACAAUACGAUAAAAUAGUGCUGUCGAAGCAUUCGUUGCAUCCAAAAUAAAAGUCCUUUACAUAAUAUUUGCUUUGAUGCAACCUG